AUGGCUUCUGUCGACACCGAGACGCCCUCCGCUCUCCACAAGCAGCUCCUGGAACUGCAACGCGGGAUAAGGGAGAUGCAAGACAACUUGGACAACGAUUCGCUCCGCUGUUUCGGCGUGACCCGAGGCUGCGACAUGGAGGCGUGGCGCACAGAUGUUUUGCAGGAAUGCUCCCUGCAGUGGUCUGUUAACUCCGCCCAGACCUUGCGUCGGUUGCGUCACGCCGCAGACGUCGCUCGAAACCGCCAACCCGCAACUGUCACCCUUCUGCUCGACUCAGUCGCCGGGCUCUCGAACGACAUAGAAUCCAACGUUGGUCAGCUACGUGAAGAUUGGGAAAGUAUCAAAGAUUUGAUGAUUCCUGAGACGCGCCCAUUCAUGCUCCAAGAACUCGCCAAACUCGAUGGCACCGUACAUCAGUUCCGCGCCCGAGAAUUAACCCUGCGCACUGCCUUUGACAAUGUGCAGCGGGUUAGCGAGCUACUCAGAGUCCCUGAGGAUACCUUUGAGGCCUUCGUCAGCCCGCUGAAGCUCCCCAUGAGCGAUCAUGCUAGGACUUUGGCCGAGCGAUUCUGCGACCAGGUCCGAUCCCUGUUCGACGAGAGAGACACGGUCAGCGAAGCUGUCCGGCGUCUCUCUCACGACGCUACGGAGGUCUGGUACGAGCUCCAAACAUCUAAGGAGGAUAGAUGUGCAAUGAUCAUUGAGAUGGAGGCUUACCACGCUGCCCUCUACGGGCAAUUCGACACCCAAGCGGGACUUGUCUCAGAUCUAGGACACCUCAAGAACGAGGUCAAGGCUCGCCAGACUUUGAGGACCGAAGACCACGCUACGGUGUCAGUGGUUGACCUUAUUCUUACGACCGCCAUAGGCAAGGAAGUGCGUAAUGGAGUGAUGAACCUCGUCGAGGAGCAAGCGCAGGUGAAGAGCUUGUUGGUCGAUAUCAUCGACUACCAGAGGGGAAUCGGUGCACUCGUGCAGGAAGUCCGCGGGGCGUUGUUGUGGCUGGGCCAUCCGUAG